AUGGCACAGCGAAGAGAUCACUCUAAAGUGCCAUCUGACAUCGAUCUGAGGUCUCAAUUAGAGCGAGUACAGAAGCGCAUAGACCAUGAGAUGGAUGAGGCGAUAGCUGGAGGAAACUCAAGCCGUCCAACUUCGUUCUCGAAAUUUUUAGGUAAACGCGGCACUCGAACAUCUAUGCCUGUAUUUGCUGGUAGCUCUACGCACAAUAAUGUCGUGGGUAACAAUUCCUCGAAAGAUGUCAGCUUUGUGAUGGGCUUGAGUGAAAAUCUGUUGCUCGAAUGCCGACGGCUACAGGCUGAUAACGAGAAGAAGUCAAUCAAAAUAAAGUCGAUUCAACAGGAAUUUGAGGAAUUGCAGUCAAAAUUUGAAAAGUUGUUGGCCAAACAGCACAACACUCAACAAGAUUGUCUGUUACUAAAGGAUACCAACUGGGAACUGGAGACGAAACUUCAAAAUAUGGCACAACAGUUGAAAGAGCUCAAUAGCACCUCAGAAUCCUCUCAGCAAGAACUUAAAAAGCAAAUUGGUGCCCACCAAGCGUUAUUGAAUACGUUUGAAGAAACCAAUUUAGAAAAGAAUGUCUUAGAAGAAGAAGUUCAGAAAAUGCGACAUCAGCAUGCUUCGGAUAUAGCUGAUUUAAGACAAAAUGUUGCGGGCUUGAACGAAGAAAACGAUGAAUUACAACAAAAAUUGGAUGAUAUGACUUUCAAAGUCAACCAACUCACAGCACAGCUGACCGAACUGACGAAAAACGCGGGCCUUCAAGAAGUAAGUUCAGACUCUAGUGUGACAAAGAAGCAAAGCAUUCAGCCGUCGAUAGAUCCAAGUGGUAGUGCAGGACUUACGCAGACUACCCUGCGACACAAUAAUCCUUCAAAAGAAGAUAUGGACAGCGCUCUGCUGCUCAUUGACAAAUUGAAACAACAAAUUGUGCAGCUAAAACGCGCCCGUCACGUUGCAGAUCCAUUGACCAAGGAUGAUAACCACUCUGGGACAUCAUUUCCUGGUGAUAGCGAGACGAAGAAGGUCGUAGGUUUGGAUAAUACUCUAGAACGCUCCCCAACAAACCCGUCUACAAAGCGUAGACCACAGGAAAUACAGGCACCUGAAUGGAGCUUUGAGGACUCUAGCUGUUCAAUAUAUACAGAGAGGUCUGAAAUACCCAACUAUAAUUCCGAUGCGGGAAGCGAACAUGAAACGUCUGAAAGUAGGAACGUUCGCAAUCCGAUACUACAGGACCUCUUCGAUCCAAUAGACAAGAAGACAUCGUUGAACCAUAGUACUAUAGAGCAGUAUGCGAAGCAGCAUAAUAUGAUCCUUUUAUCCCAAGAUGAAUACAUUCAAGAGGACGGUGAAAUGCGCCAGCCGCAAAAGUAUUUGAGAUCUGGCGAACUUGAUCGAUUUAGUGAGGAAAAUGCAAUCAAAGAGCUGAAGGAAAGAGGAUAUGACAUACAUACUCAAGAAGAACAUGAACGUAUUCAAAAGAUUCUUCAGUCAUGGGCCGAGCCCCCCUUAUCCCUCUUAGAGAACAAAGCGGCCCACUACGGCAGUGUUUUAAUUUCCAAAGCCGAAUAUGAAGCACUAAGAAGUCCAACAAUUGAGUCUCUUAUCAACCAGCUGGAUGCAGCAAAUCACUCUUAUCUAAAUGACCAAAGUUUAGAAAAGUUGACUAAGGUUAUCCAGCGGUCUAACAAAACAGAUGUACAUGAGAGAUCGCCCGAACUCUCUCUAGAUGCUAUUAUUCUCCAGGCCAAAAGCAAAGGGUUCGAAGUGGUAGAAGCGUCUGAGUGGGAAUCCAAGAAAAACAUCAUAAAUGAACCGUCUCUGAGCUAUCUCACCGAUGCAGCUCAGACCUUAGACCACAUUAUCAUUUCAAAAAAGAAUUACGAACUCCUCCUUCAUCCUCCCAUCGACGGUUUGCGCCAGAUGGCCGCCAUGCAUGAUCAUACCUUAGUGACCAAUGGAGACUACGAGCAAAUGACAAACAUGGAUCGAGAACACAUACAAGAGGAAGCAUUUAAACUAAAGUUGGCCAUCGUAUCACAAAGUGACCUUGAUAAUCUUCAGAAUCCGUCUAAAGAAGCCAUUAAAGCAAAAGCACAGAAAUGGGGUCUUGAACUUAUUUCUGCUCAAGAACUUCACACUUUGAGUAAUCCAUCAAUGGAAAAUAUAAUAUUUCAGGCAAGAGAAAGAAACUUCGAGUUAAUUGAAGCCUCUCAACUGAAGGACAUGCGCCAGCAACUUUGUUCCCCUGAUGAAUCAUUUAUCAGAGCCAAAGCUCUUGAUUUGAAUCUGACUCUUUUGUCUAAUAAUUCAUUCGAGCAGCUGAAGGCUGAUGCUAACUCUCCUAGACUAGAAGUCAUAAAAAAAACCAUCGCAUCAAGGUACAACGAUGCUAUUCUUACUUGGCUCUCAAAAGAGCUUCACUUGACAAUUUUGAAAGACGCGGAUUAUCGAACUUUGGUUGAGAACAGCAGAAAUCCAUCUAUGGAUCUUUUGACCGAACUGGCAGCUAAGAGAGGUUUGGUAACUGUGAAAUCGGAAGAGCUUGCCGACCUUAAGAGGAUAUCAGAGAGCCCCUCAUUAGACUUCUUGAGAGAGCGCUCUGGUGUAUAUGACAGCACAGUUGUGGACAAUCAAGAACUUAACGGUAUCAAAAGCUCCCUCGAACAUCCGAAAAUUGAGUAUUUGGCGCAUCAUGCGAGUACGAAUGGUUUCGUUUUGAUAAGUAGCAGCGAUCUUGAGAGUUUGCGGGCUUCUAUUGAUAAUCCUACCCCCGAAUACCUUAACAAAAAGUCAAAGAAACUAGAUUGUCUACUCAUUGCAAAGGCUGACCAUCUGGAUCUAAUAGCAAAGCUCGAGAGCCCUGACUUGGCCUUUCUGGAGGAGAAACUGUCGGCUAUGGGAUAUACUUCUGUCGAAAAGGAGACCUAUGGUCAAUUGCAAUCUCAGAUUGAAACUCCAGAGUUGUCUUUCUUGGAGGAGAAACUGUCGGCUAUGGGAUACACUUCUGUCGAAAAGGAGACCUAUGGUCAAUUGCAAUCUCAGAUUGAAACUCCAGAGUUGUCUUUCUUGGAGGAGAAACUGUCGGCUAUGGGAUACACUUCUGUCGAAAAGGAGACCUAUGGUCAAUUGCAAUCUCAGAUUGAAACUCCAGAGUUGUCUUUCUUGGAGGAGAAACUGUCGGCUAUGGGAUACACUGCUGUCGAAAAGGAGACCUACGGUCAAUUGCAAUCUCAGAUUAAAACUCCAGAACUGCCUUCCUUGGAAAAUAUGGUCAAAGACGUUGGGACCCUCAUUACUUCGGACGAGAACGGGGAAGUACAGGAAAAACAUGAGCUGUCAAAGAAGUUUCAACAAGGUCAUUUACAAGGAUCGACCGUCAACGAAAAGAGUCUUUGUGACGAAUCUAUUCUUAGACAUCCCGAAAUCGCUCGAAUCGAAGAAGAGAGCCAUGCUCCGACUGCCAUGAUAGACGACAUUAGACCUAAUAUCACUCCCGCAUACAGGUGUUCCAUGGAUAAAGAUGAAUUACACCAAGUUGGAGACAAUUUGGCGUGGGACACAUCUACACCUUGUAAUCAGUACGAGCCCAAAAAAAUAGAAUCUAAUGCUAAAAGCAUGAACUCUGUCAGCAACAAUAUCCCAUUGCCCUCAGUGGAAAGAUGGCUAGAUGAAACAAUGAGCGACCAACCCACUUCAGAAGCAAACGAAAAGGUUUCAUUAGCUGCCCUUGAACAGCGUGCUAAGAAAAUGAAUUUUGCUAUUUUAGGCAUAGAGGAGCUUGAGAACUUGAGGAGCAAGGCGAGAUAUCCACCCAAGUGGGUACUUGAUGAACAUCUAAAGGAAGAGGGCUUAAUUUCCAUAACUACAGAAGAGUAUGCCAACCUAAUUCAAAAGUCUGAAAACCCGGACUCAUCAAUUUUACGCGAAAAGCUUGAAGAAGACGGUAUGAUGAUUCUCAAGAAAGGCGAAUAUGAGGCGCUUUUAUCGCAUUUUGAAGCUCCUCAACUGUCGUUUCUGACUUCAAAUCUAGAGAGGUUAGGAUUUGCAUCUAUUGCAGAAAAGGACCUCACGCUGAUGAACAAGAUGCUAAAAGAGCCUUCAAUAUCAUAUCUAGAAGAGAAGGCGAAGGAUUUGGCUUAUGUUGUGGUCCCAAGCCAAAUUUAUUCCACAUUGCGUGCCACCUUCGAUGCGCCCGAGCUCUCCUUUCUGAGGCAGAAGUCAAAAGAACAUGGGUUUGCUCUGAUCUCUGAAGAACGUCUACAUCUUUUGACAAUGAUGGUUGAGAGUCCUGAUUUGAGCUAUCUGAGAGAAAAGGCUCAAGGUUAUGAAAUCAUUACGUCUGAGCGGCAUUCAUCUCUGGUAUCUUUGGAAAGCUCACCAACUUUAGACUUCCUAACAAGAAAAUCCGACUUACUCGGGUACUCCCUUCUAAGCAAGAGUCAAGUAAACGAACUCACAAGGAGGGCUGAGGACCCUACAGUUCAAGAGCUUGAGAUAUGUGCAAAAGGAAGAGGAUGUGUCGUCGUAUCUGAAAGAGAUUUUACAGAAUUGAAUAAGAAGAUCAAUGAGCCUUCAAUCGACUAUAUCACAGAAAAGUCUGUUGUACUCGGUCUGGAGGUACUAUCCGCAGAUGAGUACACUGCAUUGUUGGCAGCUUGUACUCUUGAGAGCGCUCUUAAAGUAAUUGAAGACACAGGCUCCAAAGUUUUGACUCAAUCUGAUUACACGGAACUUUGUGCUAGAGACCUCGAGCAUGCUACCUUAGAGAAAUUAAGUGAAAGGCUUUAUGACAUGGGGCGCAUUUCAGUCAGUCUAGAAGAGUAUGAUCUAUUGAGUCUCCCACUCUUAGAUCGGUUAGAUGGUGAUAGCGUCCAGGCUUUUUGCAAAAAGAAUGAUUUGGUGACAAUUGAAUUGCGGGAGCUGGAUUUGUUGAGAGCUAACGUGUCUCAGUUGUCACUGGAGGAACUUGACAGCCUUGCAGCUCAACACCAUAGAAGGCUGAUACCAGUCCAUGAAUACGAAGGACUGUUAAAAGAAAUAUCCAAACCUUCCUUAGCCACUAUUCAGCGCGAAAUCGAAGGACAUCAUCUUGUUCUUGUGAACGAAACGACAUACCAAGGUAUGCUGAGAGCUCUGGAGGUUCCAACUCUGGAUAGACUUCGAGAACAAGCAAAACAUUUGGACUAUGUAUUGCUAAAUGAAACAGACUACCUUCAUCUUGCUGAUGAGGCUAAAAAGUCAACAAUGGCAAAGAACCACAUGAUAUCCGAGGACACCAUACUUGAUGCUUCAGGGAACACCCCACGCUCACAUGUCGAAGAAAUCUCCCGUCUAAAGGCAGAGAUAGAAAAACCUUCAGAAGAAUACCUGUCAUGUAAAGCGGAUCGCAGCGGUUUUAUCCUUUUGGACAAACAGGAAUUUGAAAGUCACAAAGUAGCUCGCAAUAGUGUGAAAAAUCCUUCGAUCGAGUUUGUUUCAAAUCUUGCUGCCGAGAUAGGUGGUAUUUUUCUAUCAAAAUCUGAUUACGAUGGAAUGAAAGCUGAACUCGAAAGUCCUUCUGAGGAUUUUAUCAGAGUCAAGGCACAAAAUCGGGGUUUUGUGAUUAUAAAGGAGCAGAAAUACAAUGAUGAAUUUAAUUCUUGGAGUUCACCAAGUAUAGAUUACUUGACCGAAAAAGCUGAACAGUUGAACUUGAAACUAGUUUCGGUUCCAGCUUACGAGAAAUUCCAGCUCCUCUGCGAGAGUCCUCCAGUUGAUUGUUUAAUGAGCAUGGUACAACAAUAUCCUGAGUACAUCAUGAUGAAGCGCAAUGAACACGAAAGUUUGGUCAUAAGGGCAGCUGCUUCUGAUAAAACAAUCUUUGAAUUGGGCUCCGACGAGCCCAAAGAAGGUGAUUCGAAUGAUUUACCAAUUCAAAAUGAUAUUGAAGCAAUGGGAGAGGAAGAAAAAACCUCAAUUGAUAAAGAGAAAACACUGGAAACUGUAAAAGCAUUGAAUUGUGUUACGCUAGGUUUGGCGGAGUAUAAACAUUUGUUGAACAACCAAAAAAAUAGCCCUAUCACCAAAACCCAGGUGUACUCGGCGGCAAAAGAAUUCCAUUUGACUGUCCUGACUACGGAAGAAUACGUGCCGUUGUUAAAAAGCCAAAAUAUAUAUUCCUUGGUCGCGCAAGAUCAAGCAAGGGGGGUGUGUCAUGCUUCUGAGGCUCACGAUUCUGCUUCGAUCUAUAGCUCAAGAAACAGUAUUUCUGUCCCUUCAACUCUAGAUGGUGAGUCAGAUUUUGUGAGCCGGUCACUUACCGGUGAUAGUGUUUAUUUUGAUGCAUUAACACUAGAGGGACGUGACUCUCUUGUCAACGAAUCUAGUUCCAACUUUGACACCGAUUCCGCCUGUUACACUGAUGCACAAGAUGUCGAGCGAAUUUCCCGCACAUCAACUAUUGAGAUAAAGGACAGCCACCAUGAGUCGCUCUCUAUUACCGAACUCCGGGAACGUGCAAGGGCCUAUGGUUAUGAAAUAGUAAGACACAAUUUUGCCCCAUCCAAGGAAGGCGGCCAGGCUCAUGGGUCUUUUGGAAACAGCUUGAAGCAAGGUGAAGUCCAAAAAGGCAACUCUUCGCCUUUGAAUGACACUGAUGGGAGUAGCAUGUCGAGCCGUGUGGUCGAUUCAGAGGAGCAUAUUCAAACAAACAAGGCUACAAGACAGGGUCUUGUUGUUAUUACAGAGAACGAACUUGCACAGUUUGAAGCUUUGAAGAAAUUGGAGAAAAUUGCUUCCAUAAACAAACCGGGAGACGGUGUCAGCAAUAUUUCAAACAUAUCAGCUGUGAAAAACCCUCUUGUUUCAGCAAAUGUGUUCUCGAAUACAAACCUUUCGACGAAAAGUGACUUUGACGAAGGCAGCCGUGAAGCAGUUAAUGUACAACCUGACUUGAAAACGUACGAGAGUUCGCAAAGGGGAACAGGGGAACGAAAAAAAUCAGUUGAGUUGAAGAUGAACUCAGAGCUAAUGAAACUUGAGUCUGACGAGCAAAGUGUGGUAGGAUUUAGCAGUGUAGGCGGAGCAAUUUCUUUUUCGCCCGCGAAGACCAUGUCACCUUAUUUGAAUUCAUCCGAUUCUGGUGAAGCAAGACACGACCAGAAGGCUGAGCUAAUUCAGCGUUUGCAUAAAUUUGGCCUAGUGGCCCUAGAAGCCGAACAGUUUGCUCGCAUCAAAGCAGAACUGGCGGCGAGCGGUUCUAACAAUUUGACGGUCGAUGACAUUAUGAUAAAGGCAACUGAGUUUGAUCUAGUUCCCAUUCCACGUAGUCAAUUUGAAAAGAUUAAAGAAGAACUGUCUAAACCAUCACUGACGAAGGAUCAAAUUUUGCAAAACGCAAAUGAUUUUGGUCUUGUUGUUGUUGAGAAAUCAGAAUACGAUAGGUUGGGGUGCUCAAGAUGUUUAGGUCAGGGGGGAGAGCUUUUAUCUUCCGCUUUUGAGGAAAGCGAGUUCUCUGAGGAUAACGACGACACGACCCAUAUGAUAUCCCUUGCGAGAAAGUUAGGAAUGAUGUGUAUUCCGGAAAGUGCUUUUGUAGCUACUACAAAUGCCCGCGCAGUUGAUACCCACAACGUCGUUGUGUUGCCUUCUUCUUAUUAUGAGCACAUUCUAGCAAAGGAACAAGAGGUUUUGAAGAUGGCAACAAAUGAAGAGCUUCAAGUCGAAGCCAAAAACCGGGGACUAAUAUUCGGCUCAAGGGAACCUCACUUGGGUGCUGUUAUGUCCCCACAACAUUCCAAGCUAAGCAGACAAAGCUCAAUACACACCAACUUCUCAUCUGAUUCAAAUAGUAGAAGAAGCUUUGCAGAGGCAGCAGUGAAUGCGGCACACAGUGACCACGAAGUUGCAACCAUUAAGGGAUCGAACCAUAGACUCUCUAUAUCCUCGAGCAAACAGCCGACUUUAAACAUGGACGCCGGUAUGUCUCACGUUCGUCAUGCCUCUUUCGAUGGGGGAAUUUCAUUGGCAACGGUCGCCUCCCUGAGCGAGCCUAGUAUUAUCCCCGCCCUGACGCAAACUGUUAUUGGUGAAUACAUCUACAAAUACUACCGUCGUCUCGGUCCAUUGUCCACCUUCAUGUCUCGCCACGAGCGCUACUUUUGGGUGCAUCCCUACACCAUGACUCUAUAUUGGUCGACAAAUAAUCCAGUCCUCGAGAAUCCAGCUACUAAUAAAACAAGAGCAGCUGCCAUUUUGGGCGUUGAGGCCGUGGACGAUCCUAAUCCUUAUCCUGUUGGUCUAUAUCAUAAGAGCAUUGUUGUGAAAACCGAAUCUCGUUCUAUCAAGAUUACGUGCGCAUCUCGACAGCGGCACAAUAUUUGGUUCAACUCCCUGCGCUACUUGGUCCAAAGGAACAUGGACGGCAUCAACCUUGACGACGGUAUGGCAGACCCAACAGAUCCUGCCAAUGCCAACAAAAUCUAUCAACUACCAGGAGAGACUUCGAGACUCACCAAUCAAAGGCUGUCAUCUACAAGAAGAGGUACAUCGACUGUGUUCGUAAAUCAUUCCCGUGCACCUUCUAGUCGGUACAAUAAGUGA